GGCGGUGAUGCAACGCCAAUUGAUUGUCUUUAUGUUUCGCAUCAAAUUGGCCAAGACACACCUCUAUGCGGUUCUCGGACAGAGCCGUGCCGAACUUUGCCACUAGCACUGCUGUUGGUGAGGGAUGGAGGAAAGAUCUGUCUGGAUGGAAGGAACAGUGAAAGACAUCCUUACAGCUGUUUUUUCAGAAAGAAUGUUUUCAUUUACAAAAGUGUGGCAAUAUACGGUUUGUCCACAAGGGCGCACAUUACAUGUGAUCCACGCUAUGGCAAUCUUAAAUUUACAUAUCCUGAGAAUCGCCUCUUUAAAUUAACUCUCUCCAACCUUGUAUUCCACAGCUAUGGAGUCGAUCUAGUCAAUGUGACCCGUUUCAGUGUAUCGAUAUCAAGCUGCAAGUUUAUUAAAAGCUCUAUCGCAGUUGGUGUANAUCCUGAGAAUCGCCUCUUUAAAUUAACUCUCUCCAACCUUGUAUUCCACAGCUAUGGAGUCGAUCUAGUCAAUGUGACCCGUUUCAGUGUAUCGAUAUCAAGCUGCAAGUUUAUUAAAAGCUCUAUCGCAGUUGGUGUAUUACAAAAAAAAUCGAGAAUCUUUACAAAAUCUUCCAUCGUCGUUACCGACAGCGAAUUCUUGCACAAUAAUAAGUCCGUCUACGCCAUCUUGUUUAAUGGGUGGUUCACCUUAAGGAUCUCGAGGUGUGUCUUUCAGGGCACGAAAGGACGUUUUAAUGGAGUUUCUGGUGAGAAAAACCUAUUGGCAGCCGUCUUGAUUAGAUACGAGGGAUAUCCGGCAAACAUGGUAAAAACUGUCGGCGUAAUUACUGACUGUCUUUUUCAAGACCUUGGUCAUGAGGACAAUAGCUUUGCAUUAUUAUUUCGGUCUUAUGGCAUCUAUGACAGUGGAAACUUGUCAGUAUUUAACAGCACCUUUCUUCGCAAUGAGAAUGCCAUGUCAGUGGCAGGCGGAUUUCACGUACAGCUACGCCAUGUGACAUUUAAUUCUACGUAUGGUUAUGCUUUAUUUGGAGCUGGGCCUACUAAAAUAAACGACACGGUUCCUGAUUUCAAGCUGUUCCUGGACAACUGCACUCUCUCAAAUAACAGAAUUGGAAUAAGAAUGACAACUUGGUUUUGCCCUUCUGAUAUGAGUUUAUGCCCACCUAGCAGCAAAAUAUUAUCUGUUAAAGACAGUCUUUUCGUCGGAGGAAGCGAGACUCGACAGUUCGGUGACGCAAUUAGGCUAUUAGUGGAUGCAUUUUUCUCUAUGCGCAGACCAAGUGAUCUCAAAUGCAAAGUUACUCUCGAAAACGUCACCUUUCAAGAAUUCCAUAAUAGCGUUCUCUAUGUAGAAAUGCAAAAGAAUGUAACGGGCCUCAUUAAAGUUACAAACUGCAAGUUUCUAAACAAUUCCUACUUUGUUUAUCACCUGGAUGAAAAACCCACAGUAAAUAUCAGAUUUAAAGAGGAGGACCCUCCAGAAUGCCUCAAUGGACCUCACAAAAGUAAAUUUUUGUGGCAUAACAAAACUCAGUUUCCGGUGAUAUUUGAAAGCAGCAUAUUCGAAAAUAACGUUGCUAUCACAGGAGCAUUGAAUUUGUUCAAUGUAAACGCCACUUUCAAAAAUUGCACUUUCAAAGACAACGCGGGAUCAACUCUGGCUGGACAUAUUUAUAUGAAACUAGGUUACGGUAGUCUUAACAUCAUCAACAGCAACUUUCUUCAGUCACGUUUAAAGCCACAUUCAAAUGUGGAGCCAUGGCGAAUUUCAAAUGAUGGAUGCUUUUUGUAUUCUGAGAGCGUUGGACCGGUCAUUAUUAGAAACUCGUCAUUUUCAGCAAAUGUUAACAAGAAGUUCCACCCGAUCUUAGCUGUCACUAAGAGCAGUUUACUGAAAGUAGACGCAACUUCUACCAUUAAAUGUCCAUCUGCCAGGUGGCUUAAAAUGGAUAUCAACCAAAUUACCAAGCGUUUUACGUUUACUAGAGGAGGCGAGACCUGUCGGAUUGAAGUUAUGUACGUCAAAAUGUUUUGCGAAGAGUGUCCUUCUGGAUUUUAUAGUCUACAGAGAGGAUUUAUAUCUGGUUUAAAUAACACUAAAGAAAAUAAAUGUCUCAAAUGUCCAUAUGGAGCGUCGUGUAAAAACGGAAUCAUAAAAGCCGAAGAGAACUUCUGGGGCUUGGAAAACAAUUCUUCGAGUCCACCAAAUCUGAAAUUUUUUCACUGUCCUUCUGAAUACUGCGGCAGAUCAAGCCAUUCCACCCACUCUGAUAACAACAGCUACAACAGCUGUCAUGGAAGAAGGGACGGUGUGCUUUGUGGCAAGUGUUCUGAUGGGUACAGUGAGGCACUCUAUUCAACGUCGUGUAGAAAGAACGAUAAAUGUAAUAAUAACUGGUUUUGGUUGGCGACUGGGAUUUACGUGGUUGUCUUUGCAGUUUACAUUGUAUUCAAGCCUCCCAUUUUCUCGAAGCUGCUAAAGCAUAGUCUCUGGUUUAUGAAUAAACCUGUCCGGAGUGAUCAGCAGAGAACAUGCGAAGAAGAUAUAGAACAAGAUUCUGGGUAUCUAAAAAUCAUCUUUUAUUUUCAUCAAGUAGUAGAACUGGUAAUGAUUAAGUCUCCGGAGAAAACGUUUCAUCUGGUGCCAAUUAUCCCUCCCAUCAUUGCAAUUUUUAACUUCCAGGUCAAAUCAUUGGACGGUAGCAUUGGCUGUCCAUUCCCUGGUCUCACUGCCGUAACCAAAGAACUGUUCAAGUGUAUGAAGUUCCUAGGAACGUUGCUUUCCAUCGGUCUUAUCUAUGCGAUUCAUCGAGCAACCAGUAGGUCCCUGCACACAGCUCCACCAUCAAUGAAACUAUACCUGGCUGUUGCUUUAGAAACACUGUUGCUUGGUUAUGAAAGACUUGCUGAUACAUCCCUUAACCUUAUGCACUGUGUUCCUGUUGAAAAAGAUUGGCGUCUUUUCGUUGAUGCUCAUAUUGCGUGUUGGCAGUGGUGGCAGUUCCUGCUGAUUGCGUUCAUAAUGUCUUUCAUCAUCCCCCUCGUCCUGGUUCUCUUCUGGGGAUCACUGAAACUAAGUAAAGACAAAGUGACAGCCAAGGAAUUUUUAAUAGCUUGCGCAUUCCCUUUGCCUUGUCUUCUCAUUUGGUUUUUUCGUGAAUAUAGAAAAAAAGAUGAUCAACAAAUGCUUGACGCUGAAAAAGUGCACAAUGCGGAAGAAAUAAAGCUGGUUCUCCACGGCCCAUUUCGCGCAGGCUCCAGCCAAGAUCAUGGCACCCUGUACUGGGAAAGUGUACUGACUGGACGAAGAUUGAUCUUGUUGGUGAUCCAUACGUUUGCUACUGAUCCCACUAUUCGCUUUGUCUGCCUUAGCUGCGCAUGUGUUAUUAUUCUGGUCCAUCACCUCACAAUGAGGCCUUUUCGUGAACGCAAAGCUAACAUCUGUGAAGGCUUUACUCUGUUGAGCCUAGUUGUUAUUUGCAUGUUCAGUUUGGCAGAAGCUGCUUUUAUUUCCCAGGGAGUAGAUCCCUCCGGCCCAAGCAAAGACCUCUUCUAUGCUUUACAAUGGAUUGAGAUUGGCCUCCUCAGCUUGGCCCCAUUGGCGCUGUGCCUCCUUGUAGCUUUUUGUGCACUUUCUCAAGUCGCCCGCCUGUUGUACCAUUGCAUCACGUACCUUUCACGUGUCAUUAACUGGAAAUGUUGUAUUGAAGAGUCGUUGACACCUCGGCCACUUGUGGUGGAUUGGGACUCGGAAGACUUUCUAGUCAUGGCGUAG